UUCCCCGGCGGGGCGGGCGGUCCCCUCAGAGAGUCGCUGGCUCGCGGGCUCGAGUGGCGCGGCUUCCGCGGGAGCGCCGCGCCCUCCUCGUCCCAGAGGACAGCGCAGCGCGGCUGGCCAUGAGCGGCGCCGGGGAGCAGGCCCCGGAGGCCGGCGCCCGCCAGUCCGGGGACCGCCCGGCGCCGGAGCCCCCCGGCGGCGCGCUGAGCGUGGACGUGCCUGGGCUGCUGGCGCAGCUGGCGCGCAGCUUCGCGCUSCUGCUGCCGGUGUACGCGCUCGGCUACCUGGGGCUGAGCUUCAGCUGGGUGCUGCUGGCGCUCGGGCUGCUCGCCUGGUGCCGCCGGAGCCGCGGCCUCAAGGCCAGCCGCCUGUGCCGCGCGCUGGCGCUGCUGGAGGACGAGGAGCGCGUCGUGCGCCUGGGGGUGCGCGCCUGCGACCUGCCGGCCUGGGUUCAUUUUCCAGACACUGAAAGAGCAGAAUGGCUAAAUAAGACUGUAAAGCACAUGUGGCCUUUUAUUUGCCAAUUUGUAGAGAAACUUUUUCGAGAAACCAUAGAGCCAGCUGUGCGGGGAGCCAAUACCCACCUCAGCACCUUCAGCUUCACCAAGGUGGAUGUGGGCCAGCAGCCCCUUAGGGUCAAUGGUGUUAAGGUGUAUACUGAAAAUGUAGACAAAAGGCAGAUUAUUCUGGACCUUCAGAUUAGUUUUGUAGGAAAUUGUGAGAUCGAUUUGGAGAUCAAACGAUAUUUUUGUAGAGCUGGUGUGAAAAGUAUACAGAUCCACGGAACGAUGAGGGUGAUCCUGGAGCCUCUGAUUGGAGACAUGCCUUUGGUUGGAGCUCUGUCCAUCUUCUUCCUCAGAAAACCACUGUUAGAGAUUAACUGGACAGGACUGACCAACCUCCUGGACAUCCCUGGAUUGAAUGGCUUAUCUGAUACUAUCAUUUUGGAUAUAAUAUCAAACUACUUGGUGCUUCCCAAUCGAAUUACUGUUCCUCUUGUCAGCGAAGUUCAGAUAGCCCAGCUGCGGUUUCCUAUACCAAAGGGUGUCCUAAGGAUACAUUUCAUUGAAGCUCAGGAUCUUCAGGGGAAAGAUACUUAUCUUAAGGGCCUUGUCAAGGGAAAGUCAGAUCCCUAUGGAAUUAUCCGAGUGGGCAACCAAAUCUUCCAAAGCAAGGUCAUCAAAGAGAACCUGAGUCCGAAGUGGAAUGAGGUGUAUGAGGCUUUGGUCUACGAACACCCCGGACAAGAACUGGAAAUUGAGCUCUUUGAUGAAGACCCAGACAAGGAUGACUUCUUGGGAAGUCUUAUGAUUGAUCUUAUUGAAGUUGAGAAGGAGCGCCUUUUAGAUGAAUGGUUCACUCUGGACGAGGUUCCCAGAGGGAAGCUGCACUUGAAGCUGGAGUGGCUCACUCUUGUGCCUGACGCCGUGAACCUUGACAAGGUCCUGAUGGACAUCAGAGCUGACAAAGACCAAGCCAAUGAUGGCCUUUCUUCUGCACUGCUGAUCUUGUAUUUGGACUCAGCACGGAACCUUCCGAGUGUCUUCGAGGGAAACUUUGGGUGUGGCUACUUAAAAGAGAGGCGAGCGUCGGGACUAGUGUUUUGUGAGAAUACUACCUCAGUCUAUAGAGCACUAUUUUCAGGGAAGAAAAUGAACAGCAACCCAAAUCCUCUUGUCCAAAUGUCCGUCGGCCACAAGGCUCAGGAGAGUAAGAUUCGGUACAAAACCAGUGAGCCCGUAUGGGAGGAGAACUUCACCUUCUUCAUUCACAAUCCCAAGCGCCAAGACCUUGAAGUUGAGGUCAAAGACGAGCAGCACCAGUGUUCUCUGGGCGGUCUGAGGAUCCCGCUCAGUCAGCUGCUCACGAGCGAYGACAUGACCAUUAACCAGCGGUUCCAGCUCAGCAACUCAGGCCCAAACAGCACUUUAAAGAUGAAGAUCGCCCUCCGGGUACUCCAUCUCGAAAAGCAGGAGCGGCCUCCAGACCACCAACAUUCAGCUCAAGUGAAACGACCCUCUGUGUCCAAAGAAGGGAGGAAAAUACCUGUCAAAUCUCAGGUGUCUGCAUCUCCAGGCACCAGCAGGAGCAGCACGGCCCCGUCUACACCAGUCACUGGGGCAGGUGAUAGACCUGGUGUAGAAGAGAAGACCCAGCYCCCUGAGGCCAGCCCUGUGGCCCAGCGUGACCUGGGCAGAAGCUCCUCCAGCCUCCUGGCCUCUCCGAGCCACAUAUCUGUCAAGGAGCCCACCCCCAGCAUAGCCUCAGACAUAUCGCUGCCUAUCGCCACCCAGGAGCUGCGGCAAAGGCUGCGACAGCUCGAAAAUGGGACGACCCUGGGGCAGUCUCCGCUGGGGCAGAUCCAGCUGACCAUCCGGCACAGCUCCCAGAGGAACAAGCUCAUCGUGGUGGUGCACUCCUGCAGAAAUCUGAUUGCCUUCUCAGAAGAUGGCUCUGAUCCAUACGUCCGCCUGUAUUUACUGCCAGACAAGAGGAGGUCAGGGAGGAGAAAAACCCACGUGUCCAAGAAGACAUUAAACCCAGUGUUCGAUCAGAGCUUUGACUUCAGCGUGUCACUCCCUGAGGUGCAGAGGAGAACCCUGGACGUGGCAGUGAAAAACAGUGGCGGCUUCCUGUCCAAAGAUAAGGGACUUCUUGGCAAAGUGCUAGUUGCUUUGGCAUCUGAAGAGCUCACCAAGGGCUGGACCCAGUGGUACGACCUCACCGAGGAUGGCRUGAGACCACAGCUGGUUACGUAGCCCCAUGGACACGAGGGUGACCUGGGGCCUGCUGCCUCUGUCCAAUCGUACCUUCCUGCAGACGUACCAAUGCUAUUUUUAUAAUUUCAUGUACUUAGUUAUGCCUACCUUGAUGAUUUUAUAAAACUGUCGACAUUUUAGGCAAACGUGGCCAAUAUGGUCGUUGAAUGUACUGGGUUCCUUCUGUGCUUCGCCCGGCCUGCCACGAGCAGCAGGGCUGGCGUUGCUGCCCAGGGAGCGCUGACCCUCUGGGCCAGGCCUUGUUCGUCCACCUCUGAGGUGCCCUGUGCUGUGUAAAUAGACUCUAUUUUUUAUAAUCUUUACAUGCUGGCUUGGAUUCAGAAGAAAGUGGAUCAAAGAAAUACAUAUUUUCUUCUAAAACUUGUUAAAUUCUUGUGACAAAUAAUCAUUUUCAUCUUUGCAGCAGAAAGUUCACAGUGACCUAUUUUGUCGUGUUUCUUUUUAAAAAGAAAAUUUAGAAAGAUUAUCAAGUAUCUUUAUUAUAAAUGAUAAUUAUCCAUUAUAAAUGAUAAAAGAAAGUAUUCAGAAUGUCAAUGUUUUCAUAAAUACAAAGAUGUACUAUUGAGCAGUCAAGAGAAGGGCUUGUAAGGAGAAGUGCUGUGUGCCCGAGUGACAGAAAAGGUGGAGAGAGCUGUGGCAGUCCACAGACGUCUGUUUAAUUGCUUAUUGCAGCUGGUUCAUGCAGCAGUGCAAAGAUGGACACCUGAGGCUUUCCUGAAAGUGAGGCUUCCCCUGUGUGUCAUGGUCCCCAGAUGGUGAUGGAGGCUGGUUGUGAGGGACAUUGGGUCAGGUGGGGAGCUGAUGACUGAAAAAGCCUGAUGACUGGCCUGUUCACGUGAAGCAGAGCCCAGCUUUGCCACUCUGCCAGAACACAGGGCCCCACAGGACCCAGGGAGCUCUCCCACUGCCCGCGCUGAGGCCGUGCGGCCCAGCGCUGCCUGGGGCUCCUCCCUUUGUGCCAGUGCUGACCUGAGUAAUGGGGUGUUGUCGUGCAGUCCUUAUUCGGGCUUCCUUUCUGUUUAGGUGAUCAGAGCACGUUGUAGACUCUCGUGUUCCCAAGCCUGGUCCCAGGCUUGGCUGUGGUGGUGUGAGUCAUGCAGGCCUGCCAAGGGUGCACCGUGCAGAGCGGCUGCUCAUCUGUCCCAGGCGGCAGGACGGGAGGAGAGAGGGCUGCCCUGGCUGUGGGAACGCGCAGAGCUCCUCGUGCCAGUGGGAGAGUGUGCAGUGUGCUUCCUGGGCCGGGAGCUCGCUCGACCAGACAUCCCAAAGUGCCUGUGGCUGACGCSGACUGUUACUGCUCCUCCUGUCCACCACAUGAGUUUCUUUCCGUGUAUGGCUCACAUUYUUCUCCACGGUGAAUUUGUAGUGGAGUCUGUAGCUUCGGCUCACGUUGCCUUUCACCGUAGGACCAGUACAGUCCCACUGCCUCCUGUCUGCUGACACUUUCCCCUGAAGCCUGUCAGUCACCCCAGUUCUUACCAGGACUGUCCUGGGAAGAAGUUCAUGUGUCACACACACGUGACCUAUAUGUACACAGAACAUUUAAUUGUAUUUUAGUAGCCAGAGAGCAGUAAAAUCUUAUUAAUAUCUAGUUGUUUCUUGGUAUUUAGGUGUUUUUUUUGAAGAUUUUUUUUUUAAUUGUUGAAAAAUUUGGUCUACUGAAGGCUUCUAUUCCACUGUGUGAAGGGGAAGAUGCAUCAGAAUUUUCACCAACGUCCUACACAUCUGGGCUUUGCACUUUUAAUUGCUUCACUUAAUAGAAUAAAAUGCUUUAUUUAAGCAGCUAGGCAAAAUGAAUGCAGUGAAGGGCAGAGAGCCUGGAGGAGGCCAGGUGGGCAGCAGGACACGCUGCCCUCUGCUGCCGUGAGUGGGGAGAGCUGUUACCCAGGGUUUCGGUAUGAGGUCCCCACCGGCAGGUCCUGAGACCUCUGGGAAGGAAGGGGCCGGGCUAUAGUGCAGAGCUUACCCACAUGUGGGUUUCGUGCCCAGCGCAGGAGAAGGGCAAGGGAAGACCUCAGGCAGUGUGUGUCUCCCUGACAGCUCUGUCACAGCACGUGGGGAAGGCGGGCUCCACACCCAGGGUCUGACCGGGGAGGCACCUGGGUUGUCCUCAGAAUGUUAGCUCUGGGUUUCUAACAAUUGAUUUGACUACGGAAAGCCAAACCAAUGGAGGAGAAUUAGCUCAGAUGAAAUUUGAAGUGCAGUUCCKUUGGCUUGUGCCCGUGGUUUGCCCAUGCCCUGCCUUAAAGUGGGAAGGUGUUGUUUACAAGUGCCAGCCUGAAACAGGAGCGCCUUGGAGGUGGUUUACACAGUUUAUGUCUGCACUCUGAGGAGAGGUCAGUCCUGCCCCAGACCWGAAGGCCAGUGCUCCUAGACCUGGCAGCUGUGGGUUCAUUCUCUGGUUGCUGCAGAAUUCUGCUCCAGCCGGAUGGUCUGCCCCGGUGGAGGGUGGCGAGGGCCUGUCAAACCAUAGGAAGUCCUUUUUGCUUAACCAGCUUCACAUGACAGUGCAUGUAUUUAUUCAAUAAAGCUUUUACAUUA